GACAUGACAACGGAACACCGGGAUGUCCUGUCUGCCUUCCUAGACUCCGGGUCGUCAGGCAAUCAACCUUCUAGCAACCAUGUCGUCGGCAUGUUGAAGCAAAUGAAGGAGGAAGUGGCUGGUGAUCUGCGCGAGCUGGCAAACAUGGAAAAACAGCGCAUGGAUGCGAUGGGUUCAGCACAGUUGCACUUCGCAAGGAUGCUGCGGCUUGGAGAGUUGAAAGUUGAAGCGCAGAUGGUGAAAGAUGACAUCAAGGACAAAAUGGACACUCAGACGGCCAGCGCCCAUGCAACAAUAACAGUUGAGGCCUGGAAUGAUUACAAAGCGUCGCAAGCCGAGGAGAUCCAGGCUUUAUCCGAAACAGUCGAGUUUUUGCAAAAAAAUGAUGUGCAAAACACCAUACGUGGAGCUCUGAAAAGCUCGUCCUUGGUGCAGCGCAGGCCCUUCUCCCAGCACACGUCAAGAUAUGAUUCGUGA